CUGUCUCCCACACGGCUUUUACAAACUGAACCAGGAAGUGUGAGCUGCUGUUACUGAUUGUGAGUGUUUGCUUUUCAGUAAAAUGGCAGAAGCGAAUAUUUUCGUUGCUCAGGAUCAGUUCAGCUGUCCAAUCUGUCUGGAUCUACUCAAGGAUCCAGUAACUCUUUCGUGUGGACACAGUUACUGUAUGGUCUGUAUUAAUGGCUGCUGGGAUCAGGAGGAUCAGCAGGGAGUCUAUAGCUGUCCUCAGUGUAGACAAACUUUCACUCCAAGACCUGUUGUGAGUAAAAACACCAUGCUGGCUGAAGUAGUGGAGACACUGAAGAAGACAGGACUCCAAGCUACACGUCCUACUCAGUGUUCAGCUGGACCUGAAGAUGUGGAGUGUGAUUUCUGUAUUGAGAGUAAAUCCAAAGCCAUCAAGUCCUGCCUGGUGUGUCUGGCCUCUUUCUGUGAAACUCAUCUCCAGCCUCACUACAAAUCUCCUGCCUUUAAGAAGCACAAGCUGGUCGAAGCAUCCAGAAGACUCCAGGAUCAGAUCUGCUCUCAGCAUGACAAACUGCUGGAGGUUUACUGUCGCACUGACCAGCAGUGUAUCUGCAUGUUGUGUAUGAUAGAUAAACAUAAAAAACAUAAUACAGUAUCAGCUACAUCAGGACGAGCUGAGAAACAGAAGCAGUUGGUGGUGGUGCAGAAAAAAUACCAGCAGAGAAUCCAGGAAAGAGAGAAAGAGCUUCAAGAGCUAACAAAAGCUGUGGAGUCUCACAAGCGCUCUGCUCAAACGGCAGUGCAGAAAAGUGAGAAGACAUUUACUGAUCUGAUCAAAACACUUGAGAGAAGACGCUCUGAGGUGACAGCAUUGAUCAGAGCUCAGGAGAAAGCUGCAGUGAGCCAAGUUGAAGAAGUCAUGAAGCAACUGGAGGAGGAGAUUGUAGAGCUGAAGAGGAGAAAUGCUGAGAUGGAGGAGUUUUCAAAUGUCGAAGAUCCCAUUUAUUUUCUCCAGAACUUCCGGGCCAUCUCAGCUCCUCUUCGACAUGCAGACUUACCCACCAUCACAGUGAAUUCUCUCCAAACGUUUGAAGAUGUAAUAAAAUCUGUGUCUCAAUUGAGAAAGACGCUAGAAAACCACUACAAAGAGAGGACUGAGAAGAUGUCAAGUCAAGUGAAGAAAGUUCGAGUGAUUCCCCCUCAAAGCAGAGAAGAGUUUUUAGACUAUUCUGGCCAGUUCACUCUGGAUCCCAAUACAGCAAAUUUGUACCUCCAUCUGUCUGAUGGGAACACAGUGGUGACUAACUGUUCAUCAUUAGUGACAUACUGUAGUUCUCCAGAGAGUUUUGACUGUUACUCCCAGGUGUUGUGUAGUGAGAGUGUGUCUGGAUACGCUUACUGGGAGGUGGAGUGGAGUGGGGUUAAUGGGGUUCAUAUAGCAGUGUCUUAUAAAAACAUCAGCAGGAAAGGAAGCAGUAAUGAAUGUGCGUUUGGACGUAAUGAUAAGUCCUGGAGUUUGCUGUGCCAAUCAUCUCGUUACUCAUUCUUACACAACAACCAAGAAACUAAAAUCCCCAUGAGCUCCAUCCCCUUUAGGAUAGGUGUGUUUGUGGAUCACAAGGCAGGAAUUCUGUCUUUCUACAGCGUCUCUGACACGAUGAAGCUCCUCCACAAAACCAAGAGCACAUUCACUCAGCCUCUGUAUCCAGGGUUCAUGGUCAGUUCCAAGUCGACUGUAAAGCUAUGCCGUCCUAAAUAGAUAAAUAUUACGGAGCGUACAUAAAGCUAUGAACAGUCGUUUCCUCACCCGGCUUUCCUUUUUGUUUUUUCUUUUUGUUAACAACUUUACUUCUCCGCCUUGUGUGUGUGGAGUUUGCAUGUUCUCCCCGUGCCUCGGGGGUUUCCUCCGGGUACUCCGGUUUCCUCCCCCGGUCCAAAGACAUGCAUGGUAGGUUGAUUGGCAUCUCUAGAAAAUUGUUCGUAGUGUGUGAUUGCGUGAGUUAAUGAGAGAGUGUGUGUGUCCUAGGCACAGGCUCCCCGUGACCCGAGAAGUUCGGAUAAGCGGUAGAAAAUGAAUGAAUGAAUGAACUUUACUUCUGACUGCCACUGAAUACUUACUGUAUAUAAAUGUUAAAUCACUGUCUGUUCACAGGAAAUUUCACCGUAUCAAUGUUUAAACCUCUUAUUUGUAAAAUUACAGCAUUUCUUUCUUUUUAUUAUUAUAUUUUAACUUAUGUGGUAUGUCCACCAUAUGAGUCCAUCUGGAUUAUUGUGUUUCCAUUACAGAGAACUAAUUAACACUUUUUUAACCUGUUCAAGAGUUGAUUUGAGAAUUCAGGAGUAUUAUAAAUACAUUAAACCUUCAGAUACCUGUCAGCUCACACUGGAUCCAAAGACAGAAAAUAAACAACUUGAACUGUCUGAUUCAAACAGAAUGGCAACUGACAAAGGCAUCAAACCAUACUCUGUUAGUUUAUGGUCAACAGACAUCUCGAUGUCACGUGUCAUAUCAAGAUUCAGAGAGUUCUGAAUGUCACUGCCAGGUGUUGUGUAGUGAGAGUGUGUCUGGAUCCUGUUACUGGGAGGUGGAGUGGAGUGGGGUUAAUGGGGUUUAUAUAUCAGUGUCCUAUAAAGCAUCAGCAGGAUUGGACGCAGUAAUGUACAGUAUGUGUGUUUGGACGUAAUUAUACGUCAUGGAGUUUGCUGUGCAAGUCCUCUGGUUACUCAUUCUUACACAACAACCAAAAAACUAAUAUCUCCACUAAAAUCCCCAUGAGCUCCAGCUCCUCUACAAUAGGAGUGUUUGUGGAUCAUAAAGCAGGAACUCUGUCUUUCUACAGUGUCUCUGACACGAUGAAGCUAAUCCACAAAGUUCACACCACAUUCACUCAGCCUCUUUUCCCUGGAUUUGGGCUAAAUCACAAAUCAAAAGUCCAACUGUGCCACCAAAAAAAGAUGAUUUUGAAAUAGAUUAUUCCUGUUUGAUACACCUUACAGUUAUAUAAAAAGUAAGCAAUGCUAUCUUUAAAAAAAAAAAAAACACACUUUCAUAAUGUUGAGAAAUUAAAAUGAUUUUAAACUUUUUGUUUAAAAUCUAUAAAGAAAUUCUAUUUAAAAAAUAGUGUUGAAUGCUAAAUAAAUACUUUACACUCAUAAUAAAUAAGUUCUUUAAAAUGUAAUAAAAUUUAAUUCUCAUGAUCUAUGAGCAGUGUCAGAAACACCAUGACAGUAAUGCAUUCUUUAUCAUUAG